AUGACGAGCGUCUUCCGGCGGGAUGUCCUGUGCCGGGACUUCGAGGGCGUGCAGGCCUUCAUGGACCAGUGGGAGAAGUACACGACGUUCCACCAAGGACUGACGUUCAAGCUCAACUCGGUGCGGCUUGUGGACAACGACGACGACUCGCGCUGCGCCGUGGCCGUGUACGCCACGGGCGAGAUCGGCGUCACGUUCACGGAGGACACGCUCAAGUUCCUGUACCCGGCGCUCUUCACGCAGUCGCUG